UUUACGUAAGAAUGUUUUAGGAGGGAAGACCCCUCAUUUGUAGUUAUAAAUAUCUCUCUAGAUCUCUUCCUCUCCAUGUAAAUCUAUAUCGAGAGAGAGAGAGGGAGAGGGAGAGAGAGAGACACAUCAACUCUCCUCCAUAAAUUUCGUCACUUCUUAAACCUUUGUUCAUGCUUAUAUCUCUCCUCAAAUGAAAAACCAUGAAAAUUAUCUCCAGGUGAUAAACUCAACUCUUCAACUGCAUUCGCCAAUGUAUCUCCACACCUUCAUCAAAUACUUUUUUGUCUUUGCUGCGGGUUUAUUUAUCGGGAUCACGAUAAAUUUCUCCAUUAAGGACUUUCCCAUUAAUUCUCAAGUCCGGGAAUUUUCCUUGAACAUUUCACCUCCGAGUUCCCCGUCUCGUAAAUUUAUAGCCGAUGAUAUUAAAAUUGUCGCGGAAAAUGACGUAGGGGGGAGCAUUGAAUCUCCUGAUGAGGCCGUGCGUGUCGAACCCAAUGGUGCAGAAAACAACGCAGGACCAGAGGUUAAUGCAAAUCCGGGAGGUACAGAAAGCACGGCCAGCUUGGUGUCGGAUGAGAAUGGGAAUGGUGAAGAAAAGAACACGGGAUUAGAGUCUGAUCAAAAUCCGAAUGGUACAGAAAAUACCACGAGCUUGGUGUCUGAUCAGAAUACGAAUGGUGAAGAAAAGAACACGGGAUUAGAGUCUGAACAAAAUCCGAGUGGUGCAGAAAAUACCACGGGAUUAGUGUCUGAUCAGAAUACGAAUGGUGAAGAAAGCAACAACACGGGGUUACAGUCUGAACAAAAUCCGAAUGGUACAGAAAAUUUGGAUGGGGAACCGAAUGGUGCAGAAAACAACAGAGAAGUAGCGUCUGAUCAAAAUCCGAAUGGAACAGAAAACAACACAGGAGAAGCGUCUGAUCAAAAUCCUAAUGAAGCAGAAAACAACAUAGAAGUAGCGUCUGAUCAAAAUCCGAAUGAAGCAGAAAACAACACAGAAGCCGCUUCUGAUCAAAAUCCAAAUGAAACAGAAAACAACACCGAAGCCGCGUCUGAUCAAAAUUCAAAUGGAACGGAAAACAACACAGGUGUGGUGUCUGGUCAAAAUCCAAAUGGUGAAGAGGACAACACCGGAUUAGCAUCUGAUCAGAAUCCCAAUGGAACAGAGAAUAACUCAGGAUUAGCCUCUGAUCAAAAUCCAAAUGGUGAAGAAAAUUCCGGAUUAGCAUCUGAUCAAAAUUUGAAUGGUACAGAAAACAAUGCAGGUUUAGCGUCUAAUCAAAAUCCGAAUAGUACAGAAAAUGACGCAGGAGAAGCAUCUGAUCAAAACCCGAAUCCUAUUGAAGAAAUACGUGAUACAAGUAUUGAAAAUAAAACUACUGAUCAUGCGUUGAUUUUAAGGGGUAUUGCAGAUAUGCAUAAUAUAAGUGACCCUGCAUUGAUUUCAAGGGCUCUAACGGUUGAUCACGAAAAUGAUCAAAAACCGGGCGUCCCAAAAGUUGCAUUCAUGUUUCUAACCAGAGGAAACCUGCAUUUACUUCCAUUGUGGGACUUGUUCUUUAAAGGGUAUGAAGGCUUUUACACCAUAUACGUGCAUACUCAACCAACAUUCAACGGAACGUUUCCAGAAAGCUCACCAUUUCAUGGCCGCAGAAUCCCAAGCAAGAAGGUAGAAUGGGGAAAAUUCAGCAUGAUAGAGGCUGAAAAGCGCCUCCUAGCUAAUGCCUUACUGGACAUCUCAAAUCAGCGAUUCGUCCUCCUCUCCGAAUCAUGCAUUCCACUCUUCAACUUCACGACAGUAUACAAUUAUCUGGUCUACUCCACCAAAAAUUUUGUGGAAGCUUAUGACCAGCCAGGGCCUGUAGGACAAGGCCGAUACAAUCAUCGCAUGAGGCCAGAUGUCACUCUGGAACAAUGGAGAAAAGGGUCACAAUGGUUUCAAAUGAACCGCGAACUCGCAGUAGAAAUAGUCUCUGAUCACAAGUACAUGGCCUUGUUCAAGAGGUUCUGCAAGCCUGCAUGUUACUCAGAUGAGCAUUACAUUCCAACUUUUGUCAGCAUGUUCUACUGGGAGAAUAAUUCAAACAGGACCUUGACCUGGGUUGACUGGGCCAUGGGGGGCCCACAUCCGACUAGAUUUGGGAGAUAUGAGGUGACCCCGGACUUGCUAAAGAUGAUGAGGCACAGUGAUAAGAAAUGUAUAUACAAUGGGAAGAAAACUAAUAUUUGCUACAUGUUUGCCAGGAAGUUUCUGCCUAGUGCAGUGGAUAGGUUACUUAGAAUUGCUCCCAAGAUCAUGAAAUUUUAAUUACUAGGCAUGUUAAUUCUUUUCAUAUUUAUUCGUCAAUGAAAUUUUUCAUGUGGUGUUUUGGCAAUUGGGUGCUUUAGGUAGGAGAUAAGAUUGAUCUAAAUUGUUACAAGAAAUCGAAACGCCAGCCAUUCUUACAAGUUAAACUUCUUUAGAGCUGCUUCGUUG